AAACCAGUCAAGCGGUGCUGGUAAAGAGCAAAGAGCAUGGUGGAGCCAGCUAGCCAGUGAUGGUCUGUGGUCUUGGAACAGGAAGUCUUCUGAUCACAAUCUGAACAACUUCUUCCACAACUCAUUAUUUUUACCAACCGAAGCUAAUACAAAUAGCUACCCAAUCUUCCAUUAUUUCACAUCUCAACAGAAUUUAAAGAACCAUGACUUGCCCACAACAUUCCGCCUUCGAUAGCACUAUUAUCAACAUGGAGACUGAACCAAUCACCAUGGUUAAAGAGACUCCAACCCUGCUAGAAUCCCUUGCUCGUCUCAAUAACUUGGGAAUGCGUUCUUUGGAAUCCGGGGAUCUUUCGUCUGCCGGUCAAGUACUAGCACAGGCCCUUGAAAAGUCCAAUAGCGUCAUGUUCCUUUCAGAUUUGCAUGUGCGAUCUGUUGCCCAAUCUACUCUUGCCAAAUGCAGCAAUGAUACCAAGAGAGCAUCGUACUUAUACCAAAGAGACGACUACGAUGAGGGCAUGGCCACUUUCACAGAACCUAUGGCAAUCUUUCCAGAACUCUCUUCCGUACCCACUGGAAUGGCAACAGUCCUGUUCAACUUGGGUCAACUGUGCUUGCGCCUGGGCGACGAACAAGAAGCCUAUGUCUCCUUUCUCCGUGCCCUCAUGAUCGCCAGUGACAGCAGCAUCACCGGUGGAAAGAACAGCGGUGACAACGCCCACUUCCUGGUGGCUCUCCUCCACAAUAUCGGACACAUCCAAUACCGCAACGCCAAAUACGAAGAUGCCAUUCAAACCUACACACGCGCCUUGGCAGUAGGACGACAAGCGUUCGCUCGAAGCACGCAUCACAUGCUGGCCGUUUCAUCUACAUUGAACUGCCUGGGAGUCAUUCACUUCCAUCUUCCCAAGGUUGACACACAACGUGCUCUAGCCCUGUACCACGAAGCUCUUUCCGUGCGUCGCUCUGUUCUAGGACAGGAUGCCGAGACUGUCGAGAUCUCCACCAUUCUGAACAACAUUGGAAGGGUCUACUACAUGAAGCUAGAGUAUGAUUCUGCUCUCAAGCUGUACUCGGAGUCGUUGACCAUGCGCCGCAACCUUUUGGGUGACAACCACCUGGAUGUUGCUGCCACGGUCUACAAUGCCGGGCAAACUCUUCACCAACGAGGGGAUCUGGAUCAAGCAAUGGAGCUCUACAGGGAGUUCUUGAGGAUUGCAAAGAACAAGCUUGGGCGCGAACACAGGGAUGUUGCGAUCAUGCUCAAGUGCAUGGCCCAGAUCCACCACGAAAAGAAGGAGUAUGAGCAAGCUAGUGCUUUGUACGAAGAGGCCAUCAAGGUUGCCAAAGCCGCCCUUGGCGCUCAACACCCAGAGAUUGCUACCGUCCUCAACAAGCUGGGUAACCUCAAGUAUGAAUCAAACGACCUCGACGGUGCCUUGAAGGUCUACGAAGAGGGUCUGCAAGUCGAACGGGCAGUCCUUGAUGCAGCUCACCCCAACAUUGUGGUUACCUUGACCAAUAUCUCGCAGAUCCACAAGCUGAAGGGUGACUUCCAUUCUGCUUUGAAGGCCUACCAGCAAGCCAUUGCCAUCCAAAGACGAAGCCUCUCUCAGGAUCAUCCAAACAUUGCGGCCAGCCUAUCUUCCAUUGCCCUUCUUCAUUACCAAACCCACAACUACACAAAGGCUCUGGAAGUGUACCAGGAAGUUCUUCGAAUUCGCCGUGACGCCUAUGGUGAUGACAACCUUGAAGUCGCGGCAACCCUCAACUCGCUCGGAUUGGUGCUCUUCAAGCUUCAGCUCAGGGAUCUUUCUCUGCAGAGCUUUCACGAGAGCUUGCGAAUUCGCCACAAGAUGCUUGGAAAGGAUCACCACGACUGCGCCGUCAUUCUGUACAACAUUGCCACCAUUCAUUUGGAGUUCAAUGAUGAUGAGGAAGCCUUGCCAUACUAUCGAGAAACGCUUCGCGUGGAGAAGCUCUGUCUCGGCCCCAACCACUCGGACGUGGUGUUGACCAUGCAGCAACUGGCUCAGGUACACCAGCAACGAGGCGAAUUGGAGCAAGCUUUGAAAUACUUCCAGCAAGCGCUCGAGGUGCAAAUGGAAGCGGAACAGACCAAUCACGUCAACAUUGCCAAGGGUUACAACUUCAUUGGUAACGUUUACUUGCAAUGGGGAAAGACCAGCGAGUUGAUGGAAACUUUGGCCCACGCCUCUCGACACCUGAGGGCCGCCGGAAAGACUGAAGACGACCUCAGUCUUUCUGGAUACAACUUUUACGGGCUCAGUAAGCUGCAUCCUGAAUGCGCACCAUUGGCAUAAGCAAAGAAUAACUUUAGCACUUUUUUUAGCAUUCC